UUGGCAAGGUCAUGGCACAAAAAUUUAAGAUAGAAUGUUUUUAAUCUAUUUUUUUCGCUUUCAGAUUGAAAAAAUUUUCAAACUCCUUGCUUAAUCUUCUGCAAUUUACGCUUUAAAGAGAUUUAACUGUCGUCUAAUACCCUCAAUCCCCAACUCGACCCUUAUUGAUACCAAUUGUGCAAAUCCCUCUUCUAAUUUCACCACCCGGGUAUCACCGAUCCUUUUUUCUGACCCAAAUCCCUAAUUUACACUUUUUUGCUUUACAUCGUCUCUUUCCGUAUAAUUUUCCGGGCUAUCGCGUUCAAUUCCGGGCUAAAUCGUCGCUCUGAGGGGAAACAGUUCGAGCAGUUUAAUGAAAAUCACAGGAAGUAACGUCGAGAUUUCCCGCUGUUAGCCUCUGUUGAUGGCAAUUUGAUGUCAAUCUGCGAUCGAAUCAGGCUUUUACCAAUCUAAGAAGAGAUCAAAAAUUCUUUAUUCGCAUUUUUUGGAUCCAGUUAAUUUACUUGAUGCCAUAUUUUGAUGACUGGUUUGAGGUGACGAUUUGUUUUUAUAGAAGCUCGAAACACACUUUGUACAAAUGAGCACGCGUUUCAAAAUAUUUUUGAUAAUGACUCGGCCUCUUUUUUCUACCCAUUAGAGACUUAAUAUUCUCAAAGUGCGUUUUAUUCUCAACAGUAGCUUGACAAUUUUUCGUUUUUUAUUGAUGCUUUUUCUCAAAAUUGAUUAAGAUUUUUUUUAUUUAUGAAUAAAAUUCUCAAUGAUUUCAUAGUCACAAAUUUAGGGUCUUUAGGAGCUUAAAAAUGUUUACCAAUUUCAGGUAGGAGACUCUGGUAGGAAAUGAGAAAAAAAUCAAUGAAAACCACUUCCUCGAGCUAUCGCUGCAAAAUUCAUUAAGCUAUCGCUGAAAUCUGAUUGCCGACUAACUUGAUAUCUUGAGCUAUCAUGCAACAAUUCAAUGGUCCAAUUUUUGUUUUGAUAGAUUCUUUUUUUGAACUAAUAGAUUUUUCAAACUUAUUCGUAUAGUUACUUAGGAUGUAAAAAACUGGAUUCGUUUGAUGUGGAGUCAAUUCAAUUUUAAAGAUCGAAAUUAAAGUAACUUCUAAAGUACCCUAAACCAUGCUUUGUGUGCUUGCAAGAAGUACCAGGCUCAAUUCACAAAGAUGAUAUUUUUGAUGAACUCGAUUUUUUCUAACAAACAGUAUAAAAAGAACAUUUUCUUUUGACAAAACUCUAUUUGGUCGAAAAGUUUUGAGAAUCCAAACAUUGAUCGAAAUGCCUUCAAUGUGAUCGCACUUACCCAUCGUGGAAUAAAACCUAGAUAAAUCUACGAGGUACUCAAAUUCCAGCAAAAAAAACCCACUCUAUCCCUUGUUUUUUUUCCCUUUUACAAAAAUGGGUUGGGAAAGGCCUGAAUCUUUUGUAUCAAAAGCAGUUUGAAGAAAAAAAUUUAUUUGAGAAACUCCCAACUUCAUAUUAUGUGAAAAAAAUGGUUGUUCAGACAGCAAUUUACCAUUUUUCGAACAUUUUAAAUUUACUUUUGCGCGCAAACAAUGGAAAAAAUGCACGUAAUCAGGUACACGUGUCAAUAGAAUCAACAUUCAGAUACAUCCAAUAAGUGUCAGAUAUGCUCGACUGAUUGAAAGUGAACAAAUGAACAAUUUUUUGAAUUUUCAGACUGACCUCAAAUGAGAUUGUAAAGUUAGAUAUUUGCAAUAUAUUUUUGAAAGUGAAAAAUUACAAAUAUAAAAUUGCCGAGGUCAAUUUUACCGUAUUCGGAUUUUUUUUUGAAAACAUUUCAGCUGUCUGAUUUUUUUUCUUCGUAGUCAGGUCAACCUGAUAGCUUUUGAUAUUUUUUCAUAAUAUACACACAAGUUAAUACAUACUCAGCCCACGUGCAUCUAAAAUUUGAGGGUAAAAAUUGAUUUUAAUAGUUUUGUUGACAAAUAUUGCGAGGCCAGACAUGCAUUCUGUGUAUGGUAAAAAGGAUCCGCAAAACCAAAAGUAUAACUCCUAGUUUCCACAAUCCGCAUAACUUCUAGUUUUCUUUGAUGUUCUUUGCUGUUUUGGAUUCCACGGACAAAAAGCUAAAACACCGUAUUGCUCAAUACUGCUCCAAAAACAGACAACAUUGCGGAAUCCGCAACAAAAUGUGUGGAAUCUGGAAAAAGUUUGCGGAAUCCAUGAACAAACAAUGAGACAUGUGUAUAGUAAAAUUGAGCUGUGGCGAAAUCCGCAAUUGUAAGCGGAACGCGCAAACUGUAAGUCGGAUCCGCAUAUUGCAAGUGGAAUCCGCAUUUUGUUUGCGGAUUCCGUUUAUGUUUGCGGAUUCCAUUUACAUUUUGCGGAAUCUACUCACAGUUGCGGAAUCCAGAACAACUAGCUAUAUAUCUUGUUGCGGAAACCCGCAACAAAACAAAUGUGCUGACAAAUUUUACGUUACAGCUAUUUGUACGCGGAAUCCAUGAAAACUUUGUAAGUGGAAUCCACUUACUUUUUGGAACGUGUUUAAAGAUUUGACUCUGGAAUCCAGGAGCAUACAAACACAAGGUUGUGCGCCUAUCCAGUGCACAGUUUGGCCCCGUAAGGGAGGUAUUGUCAUCGAAAAAAAAUAAUCUCGUAUAAUCGUGUCCAAAUUAGACCGUGUUAAUGGAUAACAAAUAUUAAGUAAUCAAAAAUGGUUCUUACUUUAAAAAAUUAGAAAAAGAUAAUCCAUGGAACCAAGAAAAACAAUUUUUUUGAAUCGUUUUCCAAUACUUUGGGUUCAAAAUUAGAAUCUUAAGAUACGGUGUUUGCGACUGAGUUUCGAGAAAAACUGAGACUGAAAAAGAACAAUUAGACGAACUUGGCCAGUCUGAUUCGCGCUUAUUUUGUAUAAACAAACAAAGUUGUCCCAGAUUACACGUGUGGUGUGAAGUGGGUGUGUUUUUUUUUCAAAAUUGAAAAACUUUAAAGUGUGUUUCUUAAUCAAAACUGCUUGUUCUAGAAAUCGAAAAAAUCGAAUUUUUCUAACAGAUUUUUUGAGAUAAAAUGAAAAUCAAAAAUGAGUUUGUUUGCAAAACUGCAGUUAGUUUACUAUAUACACAAAUUAAAAGAAACUGUAUCAUAUAUCGAUUAUAUGGUUAAUACUGCGGUUAGAUGGUCCAUUUUGUAUACAUGACUUACCGUUUUAAGCAAGAUUGCUUCUGCAAGUUUAUAAAACGAGACAUGACUUGCAAAUUUGAGCCGCUUGUGCUUGUUUUGCAAGUUCAAAUUAGCUGAUUUGUUCUUAGCAGCACCACAGAAAAAAAAUCAUAUGAUUGAAGAACUCGAAAGGUGUUUGUACAUAUUUAUUUAACCAUUUUAACCUUAUGGUCUUGUUCUGAUCGAGAAAAAAAUAAACUUAUCUUCAUUAUUUUUCCCAUAAUCACAGUUUUCCGAAACGUUGGUUAAACCUUGAUAAUGAUCUACUUUUUUGGAUGCUAUUUUCUACAGUUACUUCAAAUUCAGGAUCAAAUAACUAACGAAAUUUAUUUUUGGUUAUAAUAAAUAACCAGCGCCGAUAAAAACCCUGUAUGAUUUUAUGAGACAGCAUUUUUCUGUUGCCGAAAAUCAAACAAUAGAAUAUGACAUUUUUGUAAAUACCGCGGAUCCUUUGAACAUCGAAAACUUAAUGUUUGAACUUGAACUUUGACAAGAUUACGACAUACAAAACACGUGCUGAGAAGUCAAAACCGAAACUCCAGUAAAGUCAAACUUGACAUCAAAUUCAUCUGAUGCGAAAAAUCAACAAACGCUUUUUCAGCUUUUGAAAAAGUUUGAUCAGCAUUUUAUGCCAAAUUCGACGUGAUUUGUUUUCAAUUUUAAUCUUAUUUUAUGUUACUGAGAAUGCGAGAAAUUAUUGCACUUGUGGUGUUGGCGUUUAGUUGGACCAUUCAAGAAAGCAACGCAUCAUGGGCUGAUCGCCAUCCCUACUACCGUCGCUGUCUGGUCCUCUGUGAGAGUUCGAGUGAGAAGUGUGAACGGAUGCUGAGUAAGAGAUCCGACAUCCAGAAACAGGUGGACUCCGCAUUCGGCUGGACAUGUCUGGAGGAAUGCCAACACAGGUGUAUGUGGAAUUUUACCCGUCUCUACGUUCAUCAAGAAGGUCUCGUGCCCAAAUUUUUUGGAAGAUGGCCUCUCAUUCGCUACUUCGGAAUGCUCGAACCCGCCUCGUCAAUCGCAUCAUUCGUGUCGCUUUUGUUCUCGUGUCUCGGGUUUUGGUGGCUUCGCAAGUUCGGACACCCUUGUUCGCCUUAUAAGUGGUGCUAUAAUACUAUUUUUACAAUCAAUUGUUUUACGUGGUUAUCCUCAACUUUAUUCCACAUUCGUGAUUUAUUUAUAUUUGAAAGGAUGGAUUAUUACGGCGCUUUUAUCACAACUUUUGUUCCUUUGUUUUGGUUCGUUUGUCGCAAUUUUUACUUCGAGUUUAAAAUUUUGUUCUUCGCAGCAAUUUCAUUCGUAGCAAUGUGUUUCAUCGCCGAUGUUCUGUACAUGGAGCUUGUCAAAUUUGAUCACACUUUGCAUUUUUCAGUUUGCACCGGAAUCGCAAUUUUAGGGUUCGGAUUUUGGCUAAUUUGGUGUAUUUUCAAUCUCAAAAAAGUACCCCACGCCAAAUUAUACCUGAUGACUUAUUUGAGUUUUGCAGUGGGUCCUCUAACUGCGAAGUAUUUCGAAUGGCAACCGCCUUACCAAUGGGUUUACGAUGCCCAUUCGAUAUUUCAUAUCCUGACAUCGCCAACACCUUUCUUAUUCUGGUGGGUAAUUUCGAUUGAUGAUAUCUACUUGACGACCUACAAGCGGAAGAUCGUUUAGAAAACAGUCAAAUCAUAAAAAGUCAAAACAAUCGAAGAACUUUUAUACGGCUUUUUUCAGUUU